AUGGCCGCUUCAAUGCCUGGUGGUCCGUCGCUUGCUUCUUCAUCCACCCCAUCUUCUGGUCCGUGGUUCGACUCUCCCAGCGACCCAAACCACCUUCACCCAGAAACACUCUUUUCUCUCCGAACCUGCUACGGCAUCCUGGAUCCGCCCAAGGAAAUUUACGUAAAGAACGUUCGCUUCUGUGGCAUUGACCAAGGUGAAUCGUCCCGGGAGUUCCUUCUUGAGGUCGGCUACCAUGUACGGCGAACUAAACCAUCCCACGGGUGCGCCGAUGCCGAUGUCGUGGUUACAGUUGGCGAAGACGGCGACAUCUGGCUCCCUACUGACACUCCGCACGUAUUUUCGGUCCUGAUACACCCCGAAACCUACAUGCCUCUCAUACGUGUUAGUGAAAGUCUACCAAUCGGUAGCGUCGUCGUCAUUCACCAUGGUCACGCAGACGGUCUACCCAGAGUUAGGCAGUUUCCACCCCCUAGGUACCAAGUCAACAGCAGGGGACCAGGAGAGUUGAGAGCCUUGACGCCCGGCGAAGACUACAGUGUGACGGUGCAUACUCGAUAUCGCGAAGCGAGGGUUGCCUAUACGUUUGACGUUGUAUGGGGGGACGCGCCCAUUUGGAAGAUCAUGAACAAGGUGAAGGCGGCGUUCGUUCAACACAGUCAAAAUCUGUCCCAUGGCCCGACGUUCGAUUCAUCUGACCGCCCCUGGUUCCAGAGUGUUCAGCUUUGUAGCUCAGAUCAUCACCGCACAGGCGGAGAGGCUCUGGUAAUGAUGGGUACCACUCCCGCCCCACCUUUGUAUGAAUGGAUUGCCAUCAAGAGAUUCACCAAGUCCAAUGCAUGGGGAAAUCGAAAAGCAGCCCAAAACGAGAUCAAGAAACUAAGGCUGAUACGCCACCCUCACAUCGUCGAGUAUUUGGGGGACGAGUUGGAUCGGUUCAGAAACGAUGUGUUCUUGGGCUGGAUGGACGGAAGGGAUAUCGAAGGCAUGAGCUUCGACAUCACAAGCCCUUGGUCACCGACAGACUUGUGGAGUUCCCUCCUUUUUCAGAUGCUUCUCGCACUUGACUAUCUGGCGGCAAGGAACAUCGUCCACGAGGAUGUGAAACCGGGAAACAUUCUGCACAAACGACUUGGCAGCGGCUAUGUUCACUUUCGACUGGCUGAUUUCAGUAACAGCGGAAGAUCAUGGAUUCGCCAGGACACGUUCUUCAGGCCGCUGUUUCGUCCACCUGAGUGGACGAACAUUGUCAAAGAAAGAAAAGGCGGCACGCAACCGUCAGCCGAUAUAUGGGCGUUGGCCAUGACCAUGGUGUGUGUCGCAGAAAGACCGCACGGUUCGACCGUGGCGCACGUCGUGUGGGAUAAGGUGGAAAAGGGGCUCGUCUCGGAAGCUGUCGAAACACUUAGGCAACAAUCCAUCGAGGGAACACAUAAGCUGGUGUUACUGCGGCCUAUGCUAUGCAUCAAUCCGGAUCACAGGGCCACGGCUUAUGACAUGAUCAUUGCCCUCCAGAUUGCCAUGGGUACAGUACAGAACAUGGCAGCUUUAUGGGCUGCGAGUUUCCGGGUAACUCCCGAGAUGGUGGAAAGUCCUCAGACUGAUGAUCCGGCUACUGAUGUGGAACCGGAUAAUGCUCCAGUCUUUCAGGAGGAAGAUCCCCAGGUUGAUGACUCGGCUACUGAUGUGGGAACGGAAGUUGAUGGCGCGGCUCUUGAGCAGGAAGAUCCCCAGGUUGAUGGCUCGGCUACUGAUGUGGGAACGGAAGUCGACGACGCGGCUCUUGAAAAGGAAGGUCUUCGGUAUGAUUCGGCGGUCGAGGUCGGCGUGGGAGUUCUCGGCCUGAUUCCUCAGCCUGAUCACUCAGUUCCUCGAACGGGAAUGGGUUGGUGA